CGCAUUUGUCCGUUGAUGACUGUCGUCUGUACCCCUUUUCAAACUCCCUUUCCUCUUUCUUCAAUCUCGAACCUUUUUCUUCAUCUUUGUCUCCUCCCAUGGCGGUUUAUCCCUUGUUGCUUUCUUCUAACAUUCGCAUAACAUAAGACUGAUUCCAAAGCACCCAUCUUUUUUUCAUUUUCUGUCCGCCAUUAACGCACAGAAGAAGAAAAAGAAGAAGCUCUUUCUUCUUUUCCGAGAUGGGGUUGAUGUAUGGGACCAAACAAAGCCACAAGCUUAGCUCCGGCGCCGGCGCCGGCGUCUCCACCAGAUGGGUUACCUUCUUCUGCAUUGUUAGUUUUUGUUUUGGUGUCAUCUUCAUUAACAGGUUUGGCAGUCCAAUUCGUAUCAAAAGGGACGAGGUGUCUUCACCCUUGGAGAAACAACAAGAGCUACUUCAGCCCGUUAUUGAUUGCGAGAAAAAGGAUGCAUCUGUUGACGUUGGAGAUAUUUUCUCUCAAGUUUCACGUACACAUGAUGUGAUCAUGACUCUAGACAAAACAAUCUCUUCUCUGGAAACGCAGCUUGCCUCAGCUAGAUCUGCUAAGAAGCCUGUAUCCGAAGAGUUAAAUGAGCGCCAGAAGUUUUUCUUUGUCAUGGGGAUCAUGACCGCCUUUAGCAGCCGAAAACGAAGAGAAUCCAUCAGAGAAACAUGGAUGCCGAAAGGAAAGGAUUUACUGAGGUUGGAGAAAGAGAAGGGGAUUAUCAUUCGUUUUGUAAUAGGACAUAGUGCAACACCGGACGGGCUUUUGGAUCAUGCCAUUAAUGUUGAAGAUCGACAACAUGAGGAUUUUCUACGGCUGGACCACGUAGAGGGAUAUCACGAGUUGUCUUCUAAAACUCAAAUCUACUUCUCAACGGCUGCUGCAAGGUGGGAUGCUGAUUUCUACAUCAAAGUAGACGAUGAUGUUCAUAUCAAUCUUGGCAUGAUCGGCUCUACCUUGCUCCGUCAUCGCUCCAAGCCUCGUGUUUAUAUUGGUUGUAUGAAAUCAGGUCCCGUUCUUGCACAAAAAGGGGUCAAGUACCAUGAACCUGAAUACUGGAAAUUUGGAGAAGAUGGAAACAAGUAUUUCAGGCACGCAACCGGACAAAUAUACGCGAUCUCUAAAGAUUUGGCCACUUAUAUUUCAGUUAAUCGUCACAUGCUUCACAAGUAUGCAAAUGAAGAUGUUUCAUUAGGUUCUUGGUUUAUUGGUCUCGAUGUUGAGCAUAUUGAUGAUCGUAGCCUCUGCUGCCAAACGCCCCCCGAUUGCGAAUGGAAAACACAAGCAGGGAACUCGUGUGCAGCUUCGUUCGAUUGGAGUUGCAGUGGCAUAUGCAAAUCGGUGGAGAGAAUGAAGGAGGUGCACCAGCUGUGUGGGGAGGGUGAUGAAGCCAUCUGGCACACUAGUUUCUAGCUCAAUCGAUGUCCGUUUGAUCGAUCCGAUGGUUUCCAUGAACCACACCAGCCCGAUUUUUGGCUACGAUCUUCUCGGGCUGUUUCCAAAUCAUAAAACUGUUGAUUUUGCACAUAUGAAGUCCGAUUUGGAAAAGGGUAGGGUAGCUCAUCAUCAUCAUCAUCAUUGUAAAUCUGAAACAUUUCUCCAACUUCCACAAGUUGGGUUUGGGUUAUAUUUCAGAUUAAUUAUUGGCAAAAGGGCGUUUCUUUUAUCUACUUUUAUUCAUUAUGAAUAUGAUUACAUCUGAAAGUGGGAUCACUUUCAUGA